CCCUGCAUCAUCGCUGCACGUUUCGGUCGCGCCCCUCAUCGCGAUCUUCGUCCCCUCGAGCUCCCUAAUCGCAUCGCAAGCCCGCGUCCCUGUUUGCUACUCGCCUGUGGUCCGUGAUAGUCCCCUUCUCGCGUAUCGUUCAUCCCCAGCGACCCCGUGUUCACGCGUGUGCAGUCCCAGGCCAUCGCUGCACCUCGCCGUCGCCAGUGACCAUCAUCGCAGCGCCCCUGUUCGCGUAGAUUCUCAGGUUUCACGUCAGUAUUUAUCGGCCAUUUUUGCCUUCUCGUCAAGAGAUUUGUGUGCCUCAGUAAUCAGUCAGAAUAUCAUCACGUGUUCAAUAAUUUUGAACUUUCUCAAUGUUCAGAUGCCGCCACAUAGGGAACCCGACCAUCCGGCUCCUACUCAGGCUACAGUGGUCACGCAGUUCCGCGACUAUCAUGCCGAAAAGUUCUCAGGGCAGAAAGAUCCUCGCAUAGUUGACGAGUGGAUUCAGGGCCUGGAGUUUAUCUUCGAGGUCAUGGAGUGCCCUGAGAGAUAUCGCGUCAUUUGCGCUCAGCUUCAGCUCACCGGUGAUGCUAGGCUCUGGUGGAACGCUUACUGGAGCAUGCGUCCCGGCGAAAAGGCGGGUUGUACGUGGGAGAUGUUCAAGGAGUUAAUCCGCGAGAAGUACUACCCCACAUACUACCGAGCCGAGAUGGAGCGUCAGUUUCUAUCGCUCCAGCAGGGUACUCGUACUGUUGACGAGUAUGAGAGGGAAUUCACGAGACUUGCAGCUUUUGUUCCUGAUUUGGUCUGCACGGAGGCCCAGCGAGCGCAGCGUUUCAUUGACGGGCUUUACCCAGCAGUCCGUCAUAACAUCGUAGGCCACGGGACACAGACGUACGCAUGUGCAGUCUCCAUUGCCCAGGAGGUGGAUGCCAGCAUUAGGAGGGAGGCCGUUCGUGAUAAGUUCCAGCCAUCCGCCCCUGCCCAGUCGUCUUCAGUUCCACCGUUGCCAGCCUUACCUUCUACCCAGCCGCCAAAGAACAACAAGAGGAGGGGAAAAGGUGCCCCGGCAGAUAAGAGGACCCGACGGAGGCUACAGCAGAUUCCCCA